UAGAUAUUAUUAUGAAUAUAAUAGUUAAAUAAUGUAAAUAUUGGCUAAGUGUAAUGAUAGGAGCUCAUAAUGUAGCACCUUCAAGAUCUGUACUUUAGUUGCGCUACUAGGUAUUGAAUAGUUGAUGUUUUGUCUUCAUUUCUAAUUUUGUAUUAAUUUCAAAUCACGAGAACGUGAGAUUUUUUGGCGGUAUUUUUGUAUUAUGAACAGUGUUUAUGGUGUUAUCAGACGACCGUUGUUAUCAAUGUAAACAAAAAAAUCGGAAACCUAACGUUUAGACAAAAUAAAAUGUGCUUUUAUAGCUCACCGUAAAAACUUGAGAAUCUGGAUUUAAGGAGUGUUUAAUUUUUUUUUAUACUACUAGUUGGAUAGAUUUCUGGUUAGAAUUGACAAAUAAAACAUAUCGAAAAAAUAAUAAUUAUCAUGUCAGCUAUGAAUUCUUCCAGCACGAGUACUGAUCAAAAUGAUCCUAGUAAAGAUAAAUCAAAGGCACCAAGGUCAAAAGAUAUGCAUUUACCUAUAUCUAGGGUGCGUACCAUUAUGAAAAGUACCCCAGAUAUAGAAAACAUAGGAUUACCAUCAUUGCAUGUUGUCACUAAAGCGACGGAGUUAUUUAUACAAAAAUUGGCAAUGGAUGCUCUCAAAAGCCAAAGACAUCAUAGACAUUUAGAAUAUAACGACCUUGCUAGAGCUGUUGAAGAAAAUGAAAACAUGUAUUUUUUAAGAGAGGUUUUACCUAAAAAAAUUACUAUGGCAGAAUACUAUAAAUUGGUUGGUAAAGAGUCUUCAGAAGAUGGUGAAGAUAAUGAUAACAGUUCUCAAACAUCACACUCUUCAUCUUCUUCAGUUUCAUCAGAAAAUUAGGCUAUAAUUUCUUAAUAAUAUGUGUAUUUUUCAUAUUUUUAUUUCACUGUGUAUAAAUUAUUGUAUAAAUAUUUGACG